UAAGAGGCCUGGCUGGAGCAGCGAGUGUGCGUCGUCACGCGCAUGACAGUCAACUCUCCUACAAGCAUACAACGGGGAACCCCUUCUGGUGUGUGGUGUGUGGCGAAAGCACACUAGCCACACAUCGCAUCGUUUCGUUCUCUCCGCGGCCGAUGUCGAACAAGCGACAGGUUUGUUUUCGUUCAACGAGAGAAUUUUUCCUAAAGGUAGUUCAGAACCCGUCGAAAGGGGUUGGAUUUAUUUUCUGUGAAAGGACCUGCCCUUGUUGUUUGGGGUUCCUGUGAAUCCGAAAUUCCGAUAAUGCGAGACGAUCCGGAGUUUAAUAUAGCGUUUGUGCGGUUGGUGGAGAACUUUCCCUGCAUCUACGAUCAUCACCAUGAAGAUUAUCACAGAGCGCACGUACAGAAUCGGGUUUGGGGCAAAAUUGCCAAAGAGAUCGGACAUGGCGCGACUGUUAAAGAUUGUAAAUCACGUUGGCGCAAUUUGAGAGGACGUUUUACGAAACACUUGAAAUCCACCGUCGAAGGCAAUGUUCUGCCAAAGCGUCCCUACUACUUAGCGGAAUAUUUGGAUUUUGUAGUGCCAUUUACCAAACAAAGACUAGCUCUCGAGGUAGCAGCAGCUUCAGUGACAGUGAUAGCAUCCUCGAGUCCACCGCCAAAGGAAGAAGAAGGCGAUCAGGAGGACAAUGUUCCAGAAGACACCUACGAGGAGACACAGGAAACAACAGGCGAUGGGCAAGAGCCCUAUAAUGAUGCUACUUCCAACAAUGAAUCUCCCACCCCCGUCAAUGCCGCCCCUCCGCUUUGUAAACGUAAGCUUUCGGAUCCGGGCCAUCAACUGAACAUUGCCGCAGCCAAAGGGGCUCGAGUGUGCCAACAACCACACAAGUUUUGGGAACCGGCCGUUUCCAUUCAAGAUGGCGGCGAUGAGGACGAAGAUGGCCAGGACGGACACGGAAUGCUUGGCCACCAUCACCCAGCGGCGAUGCAGCCAAGGCUCGCCGGAACGGGACCACUGGUCGAUAUCAAUGAUAGCGAUGCCCUCUUUAUGCUGAGUGUUCUGCCGGACCUGCGAAGAAUGAACGAGACGCAGAAGCGACGAUUCAAGAUAGGAAUUCUCAAUUUAUCGGGAGACAUUCUGGGCGAUAAGGAAGAAGCCGUGCCGGGAGAGCGACUCCCUGAACAUCAACACAAUGGAGUUCCGGAACUAUCGUGCCAUAUCAAAACUCGACGUACAGAACAUUCCAAGUAUUCUAAAUAAAUGUGA